AUGGUGCUAUGGGAGCUGACGCUGGCGACGGCGUAUUUCCUCGGGCUCAAGCGCACGUACCGCCUGGCGCUCAAAAUUCAGAAGAGGGUCCUCCUUGCGCGACCGGGGAUUCGCGACUUCGCGAAAAGGCGCACGCGAGCAGUGUUCAGAGUGGCACUAACAGCUGUUGAGACCAUCCAGCACAGGGACAUCGAGAUUGGUCGCUCUGUGGGAAACUUCCUCCUCCGCUUCCUCGACCGCAUGAAGCCCUCGGCGCACAUCCGAGGGGAUGGGCCACACAUGCCAGGAGGGGCGGGAGGAGGGGGUGUUCAUUCGAGCCAUGCACCACCCACGCCGGGAGGAGCAGCUGGAGGUGCUCCUUCAAACCAUGCACCCAUAACGGGAGGUACAGCAGGGGGCAGUGGAGCCGCCCUCACGACCAUCCCAGGCCACACGUUGCAAAGCAGAGCACUUCAGAUUCAUGGAGCCCCUUCACUCGUGCUACCAGCUGCCCUGCAAGCCCGAGACAGCCUGCCUGCCAUGCCCCACUAUCUCCAGUCUCCCUUAUUUCAAAAGGCUUUGUUUCCAUCACAGCUCAUCCCUGCUCCCUCCACGUAUGUGUCGUGUCAUCAUGCUGCUGGUGCCACCCCUACAACGUUCUCCUGCUUGCCAAGAAUAGUCCAACCGCUGCUUGCAUUCCCUCCCAGAUGA